CAAAAUUUAAAAAAGUUCACAUGGAUGACAAGUUACAUAAAUAUUGAGUUGUGAUUGGUUGUAUCAAAAAAUAUUAUCAAUAUCAAGCUAAUCUGUUUAGGCUUUCUAGUCUUUUGGGAAAGUCCAAGACAACUUUCAAGUCAAGUCUCGAGGCUUUGAAGUCAAGCUCAGGCCAAAGGGACAAGGUGUCUUUCACAUCUGAAUGCUAACAAUUAUAGGCAAGGGCAUAUUUACAUUUCCCUGUUACAUGAUAAUAGUGUUUAUUAUACUACCAGGACCAAAACCCUUCAAUACACAGGGAUUAUACUGUAUUCAUAUUCUAUACAGUCAAUUCUGAAUGAAAUUGAAUUAAAUUACAUCAAGUCUCAAGUCUCUAGUCUACAGCUCUGAUAUGAAAAGCUAUGAUAUAGAAGAUAUUAGAUACAAAUAUUAACACUUUUACAGUCUUUGUCCCCAGCUAUUUUAUUAUUUCCCCUUAGAAUUGCAUGUUUGGCUUUUUGCAACGACAGGAAUAAAAAAAAAAAACCUGGCAGAGCUGUGCUUCUGUCUUGUCUUGGUUUGUGAUUGUGACUGACAGAGAGCAGAUUUUGUCCUGACAGCUUGAUCUUGCUGCGGACACAUGCCACAUAUUGCAGCUCAAGUAGGGCACUUGUGCACACUUUAACAGGGAAAUGCCAGCCAGCAGCCAUCUUCAUUUGGUGCUUUGCUAUUUGCGCCUGAGGUCAGUCAGGACUGGCGUUAUGCCCACCCUGAAUUUCCUCAGAUUUAUGUUAGCCAUGUCAACAAGUCCCAUAAAAGAUUCAAAGCAGAUCUUUGAAAAGACAGCAGUGUUGAUUGCUCUCUAUGAGGGCACUGCUGUGUAUUGAAUGAGUAUUGUAUGUUAGAUUUCAGAGAUAAGGAAGUGUUGCUUUGGUUGGCCUAAUUAGCUUUAUUUCUAGCUAUUCUGGUUUGCCUGUAAUGAAAUCCCACCUCCCCAUUUAGCUAAGCCUUUCAAAGUGGCCUGUGCCUGCUUGUAUAUCAGUUAUUCAAUCAGUCAGUCAACUUGUGGUUGCAAGUCAUAACAGUUAUAAUACCCUUACAUGCCCGCGCACACACACAUACAGCACAUGGACUGAUACAAAAAUACACAUAAACUCUUAUAAAUAAACACACACAAGGCACAAACCCAGCACUGACACACCGGCUCUUUCAGUGAAGCCCUGAACGGGUCCACCUGUUAGGGACAGUGCAGUUUGAGACCUGACAAGAUUACGCCUUCCUGCUCUCAGGGGUGAAGGAGCGCGCUGUUUUGGAUGGUCAGACAGAAACAGCUGUCCAAUACCGUGAAGGUGAUUCGGUGUCCUGUGGCUCUCUCGUGUACAUACCACUACAUUCUGCAUAAGUCAACUACAAGUAGGAUUAACAUUUUAAAGAACCAACAUUCAUUUGAUGCUAAAUGCCGUUCUGUGAAUAUGGCAGUUGUCUCAGAUAUAUAAUCUAGAGUUACACGAUCCAUAGCACACUUUCUGAUAAACAAACAAAGCAAAGGUUAAGUUUCUUCAAUUACACUGACCAACCAGAGGGACAAUCAUUAUAAACUCCAUGUUAUGUGAGCAACCCCUACAAAACAAAAGUUUUCAAAGGCUGAAUUUUUAGGAUAUAUGAACAAAGCAAUCAGGUUCAUAAAAUGUAGAGCAUUAUAUAUGAUAUUAUCACACUGGAAAAAAAAGUUUUAAAAAAGCUAUUUUAAGAUAUUUAGUGGAAGAUUUAUUGAAAAUCACUGCAGAAUAGGUUGACCAAAGCAAGCUGUUUUCUUCCUCCUGAUCAUUCAUGCACAAUUCAUGUUGUCCCAGAACAGGAACAAUGACGAGUACAACAGAGGUUUAGCGAUCAGAAUUCGCUUUGCAUGUGAACCUAUGAGAAAGAUUUAUAUCUUCUUCUAUAAUCAGCAGCAUACUGACUAGUACAUGUACAAAAAUAGUGUAUGAGGUAAAUUUUUGAGUGCUGCGCUGAAACGCACACCUUGGCUGACCCUAUGACCUGCUGCUUCUCGAUCAAAAAUAGCCAGCUGGAAAAGUAGUUCUGCCCAGUCAACGAUUAUUGCAAGUGUCUGUGGGUAUAUAUGUAUGUAUAUUUGUGUGAUGUGUGUAGAUGUAUGCAUGCAUAAUCUGUGUGCAGGUGUUCUAAAACGGGAAUAAUCAUAUCCAGAAAUAAAUUCACUCUGUACAAAAAUCUAAUAAGAGAGAAAGUCGGCCCAAGUCUCUUUGAACAGACAAAACAAGGUGGGCAGAGCGAAGUCACAGAUGGUGAUGGCAUAGAACUGAUUGGAUACAAACAGCAAAGGAUCAAUAUUAACUCAGAAAAUAUCAUGUUUUUUUUAUUUUUUUUUAUAUUUACUUCUAUUUUGGGUUUUUUUUUGGGGGGGGGUUCUUUCAAACCAUUUCAGCUUUAUCUCUCAGGUGCUAUUUUUUUCUCCUUGCAAGCCUAAUAAAUCCUUUUAUCCAGUGUAUAGGCCCUAUUCCACUUUGGCUAACAUAUUAAUUUAGGAGAUCAAGAUUCAAAUCUGGACUGUUUCAGUGGUGCCAAAUGUAGACACCUCUUUCUUGUCCAUGAAGAAUUUGCUCUAGUGGAGUAAAAUGAGCUGCAAGCCUCCAUAUGAGAGUUGUAGGGUUAAAUGUUUCCAUUAAACAAUGAAUAUUUCUUACAGGGAACUUUAUUUAAGAGAGAGUAGUAUGUAAUUCUCACAAAGCAAUAUUAUUUUGAGCAUUUCACACCAAUGUGACUUGGGUCUUGCCUGAACCACAGUGAUUUCAACCACUGAACUAAAUCCACACUUUCAUCACAUUCAUUGCUCACCUGUGUGGUUUCUACUGUUGUGUUUCCAAAUAAAUCUCAGGUUACCUUCCAGCUUAAACAUGACCUAGCAUGGCUGCAGUGAUUUCUUACUGAAAUGAUGACAUAGUGGAAACAUGCUAGUUGAAUAGCACAAAAUCAGAUCAUGGUCAUGUGUCAAUAGUGAGCAGUAUCCGUAAGCCCCUCCACAAUAAAGACGCAGUUUAUAAAGCAAUGACCUCAGUUUACCAAAAAUCUCUCUCAAAUUGCUCAGAGCACUACUGAAGCAUAGUGUCUGUAAGUGGCACAAAGUCAAAGUUAUUUCUUAAGUUGUUUGUCAGAUUUUAUGGUCAAUGUUACUCUAGUUUCAGCAGCAUUCAUUAACAGAUAUGCAACAGGGUUGCCCCACAUUCCCAGCUGAACUUGAAGUUUAAAGUUCACCCAAUCAAUCAUCAGAGUGCUUCUGCAUUAAGACCGUUCUCAAACAAGAUGAUGAUUCAUAUUCAGGUCCCAAACCAACCACCAUGGUAGCCAAUAUUCCAUUUCAACUUUCCUUCAACUUUCCAUUUCCUUAAAUCUCCUCCUAAUAUAUCUCAGCUGAUAUUUCACUUCUCUUAAGCGAGACUGUUGAAUCUAACACAAUAUUCUACUUUCCGCGUUCAGCUCAGCAAAUCACAAACUGACUGCUUCUGUCCAACCUGCUGAAUGACCCGUCUUACCUUCGCCACCUGGAGUGGCUUCUGAUGUUCCACACCUCCCUGGAGACGAAACCCCCAUGGCGCUCCACCGGACAAUGCCUGCCCUUUGUAGAUAUGCUAGGACCCAGCUAGUCCUGGAUACUGUGGAGAGUCUGAAGGAAGACAUUUAAUACACAAACAAAUCUACAGGCCAAGCCAGUGGCAUCGGUCGACAUCAAACAGGAAGUUCACCCCAAAGAGCACGAGACAACACCGACAUUCUGCUGCCAGCAGACAGGUCUCCAGAAGCUUCUGUUUGUUGCAGUGUUUCUCAAAGGCAUGGAAAAAUGCAGCAACACCUCAGAAUGCCCAGGCAGGCAUUGACAGGUCUCCGUUCACUCCAAGCCUGACUACUGAUGGAGAAGAAGCUCUAGAUAUUGACAACACUGUGGCUGCAGAGAGGGAGAAUGCUGUGAAUGAGAUGGUGACCCCUCAGCUGGACAUCUCUCUCAAACCACUCAACCUGGACGUGCCAGCAGCAGUUGAUCUAGAUGUGUUUGCCACCUUCGACCCCACGGUGGCUCCCUCCACAUCUACCCAGACUGCUGAUAUGAUGCAUGCCGAUCCCAGCAACACAGUUGAGAAGACUUUGACAGACAGAUUUGUAGAGUAGCAGCAGGCGGAGACCCAGUGCCCUUUAACUGAGGGUUCUGUGCCAGCAUGGCCGACACUGCCAACCAGCCACUGCCAGCCCUGCCCCCCCUCCCACCAGCUUGGAUGAGCCCGUUUCCCGCUCAUAUGCUGAACUCCUGACCCCGGUUUGUGACAGACUGUGCUGCAUCUCUCCCAGGACUCCCACUGUCCUGGGGGGGAUGAGUCCUGUGUCAUCUUCUUCAUGACACAGAGGCGGCAUGGUGCCAGGUGACCCCUCAUAACCUCUGUGUGCUGUCAGCAGCAGUUGAGGAAAGAGCACAAUCCCUCGCUCUCUGUAUUCCUCAAGAAGACAUUUGUCACUUUCCAUUUUUACAGCCUCCCUCCAUGUCUUCCCCCCUCUUAGCAGUAAAACGGAGUUCAUGUCGCCCUGCAUUUCCCUGAGGCAAACUGAUGGCUACACCCAGAGACCCAGACGUACAUACACAGCAAGACAAAGUGACUGCUCCUUUUAUGCCACUUUGUUUAUGUUGUAUUCUCUCAUCUUAGACAGUGAAGCUUUCUUUUUCUCACAUGCACAUUAUUGCUUUCUGUCUCACAGUUAUGCAUCUUUUUCCUUUCCUUUCUACCCCCCUUGUCACUUUUACUUCUCUUUUUUAUUACGUUAUAUAUUCCUUUUCAUAUGUUUCUAUUUCCCACCAAUUGUUUCAUCUAAUCCACCUCAGUUUAUCACCUCCUCCCCCACUUGGUUAGCAUCAUUCUUACCUCAUCGUUGUCUUUCCCUCUCCCACCAUUGAUCUCAAUCUCUCCAGCAUUUGCCUCACUCUCACUGUGGGCAAAAAGCCUGUGAAAUUUCCCACAGGGUGAGACAACAUGAGUUUCCUUCUACAACCUAGGAAAUGGACUCGUAUCUGAGGCAUUGAUUUCCUCUCAGUAUUAUGGGAAGGAGACAGCAGUGAGGUGAAGGCUAAGAGCCAUGCGGUCGAUACGCAUUCUCAUCACAACACAGGAUGUUCCUCCGUAGUUGGAUUGGUUUCACCGCCCCAGCACGGGCGGUAAUUGUCAUCGGGUGACUCUAUUAAUUGAGCAGUAUCAUGCAAUAAAAAUAAAGAAUGACAGGGAUUAUUUGAUUUUCAUUAGGGAUUUACAGUAUACUUUGAAAUAUGCAAUACGGGAAAUCAGUGGAAAUAUUAGCUGUAGCAAUCGUAAUAGCACUUUGAUAGGAGUGGCAGUCAGAAAGAAUAGCAGUCAUUACAGCGUUAGUGACAGUAAUUGUAAUAACAGUGGUCAUAUCAGCGAUAGUAGUAAUACAGAUUGCUUCAUUACAGAUUGGCUUUAAACCGUUGCUUCUGCUACAGUAAGUUACAAUUUACAUGGCUUCUUAUUACCUGUCGUGGUUUCUAGCUACUUUCACUUCCCAAGUUUUGACAGAUUUCCUCUGCCACCUGAAUACAAUGGAGGUCAAAGGAACAUUUGUUUCUGUUGAAGAAAUAGUCCCUAUGAAAACAGCUACAGUGAGGUCUGUGGAUCAUCCAGAGAAGCACAUUUUCUGUUGGAGCCCUCAUAGGAAACAAACACAAUGAGCCAAGUUAAAUUUUGUUUUUUGAAAAAAUAUUAUUGCUGUUGCAAAUCAAACAUUUUUACACACAAAAGACGGGGAAUUUUGAGAGCAGCACAGGUCUCUUAGUGUUUCAUUUGGUGUGAGCGUCACCUGUUGAACUUUUUCUUGCCAAAACUCGGCCCUUUUUUUCUUUCUGUAUAAAUCUUGCUAACGUCAAUCAUGAUGACCUUGCAGCUAUCAAAGCACUCCUGUUUCUUUAUUGUUUUCCAAUGUGUGUGUGUGUGUGUGUGUGUGUGUGUGUGUGUUUAUUUGAGUUGCUCAGAUCUUCCCAGCCACUGUAUGAGGCGCCUGGAAGUACCUAGGAAUGUAGCAAGGUACUGCAAAGAGGGAAGCCUCUCUCAGUCUCUCACACACACACACAUACACCCCUUUUCUAAUGUCUUGCCCAUCUUAGAGACAGCAGUUUUUCUCCACCCACCACAGCAGCUGGCACCAGCUCAGCCCCAUCUCACAAAACCAAGAAUAAUCCCCAGAAAAAGAUGACAACUCAGACUUAAUGGACAGAUAAGGCUUUUGGACGAGCUCCUCAGACGCACAGAUCUGCCCAUUUUUCUGCAGGAGUGGUCCGGCCUGAGAUUUAUUGACUGCAGACAUAGCAGAACAGAAAAUACAGACUUCUGUAGAUAUUAGCUACAGAGGUUUUUCUGGAGAUGACGGGAAGAAUCUGCUCAGUGUGUUUCCUGGUGAUUGCCUUGACCUUGCUCAGUGGCCUUGGCUGCCUGAGUGAAGUAUUGUCUUCAAAUGAAGGCGUCGGCGUCGAAGAGGUGGAAGGGCCCAGACCUCCUCACCUUAUCUUUAUCAUGGUGGAUGACCAGGGUUACGGAGACAUUGGCUACCACGGCUCAGACAUCCGCACUCCUGUGUUGGACCAGCUGGCAGCAGAGGGGGUCAAACUUGAAAAUUAUUAUGUCCAGCCUAUCUGCUCACCCUCUCGCAGUCAACUCAUGACAGGGCGCUACCAAAUUCACACUGGACUCCAGCAUUCAAUCAUCCGACCACGUCAGCCCCUCUGCCUCCCCCCUCACAUUCCCACCCUACCAGAGCGUCUGGUUGAGGCCGGAUACGCCACCCACAUGGUGGGUAAAUGGCACCUGGGCUUCUGCAGGACAAGCUGCCUCCCCACAGGGCGUGGCUUUCAGAGUUUCCUGGGCACAUUGACUGGCAGUGGAGAUCACUUCUCCUAUCAGAGCUGUGAUGGGGCUGAAGCCUGUGGGUUUGACCUGCAUGACGGAGAUAGGCCUGCCUGGGAGAUGACCGGCAACUACUCCACUUCGCUUUACAUAGACAGAGUGAAGCAGAUCCUGAGGAGCCACGAUCCCCAUAAACCCCUCUUCCUGUACGUGUCUCUUCAGGCCGCACAUACACCCUUGCAGGUACCAGAUAACUUUCUGCACCACUAUGAUUCCCAGGGCAAUCGUCUCAGGCGCCACUACGCAGCCAUGCUGAGCUGCCUUGAUAACGGGGUUGGAGAAGUGGUUCAGGAACUGAAGACUAGUGGGCUCUAUCAAAACUCAGUACUGAUCUACUCAGCUGAUAACGGUGGGCAGCCGCUCUCUGGAGGGAGUAACUGGCCGCUGAGAGGUGGCAAGGGGACCUACUGGGAGGGGGGCAUCCGGGCUGUAGGCUUUGUCCAUAGUCCCCUCCUGAAGAAGAAGAGUGUAGUCAGCAGAGCACUGAUCCAUGUGUCUGACUGGUAUCCCACAUUAUUGGGGCUGGCCGGGGCCCUGGAGUCCCACCGUGGCCUUGACGGUCACAAUGUGUGGGGCACUAUCAGUGAGGGCCUACCCUGUCCUCGUACUGAAAUCCUUUUCAACAUUGACCCAGUCUCCAGGAAGCCCGGAGAGCCGUAUGACAAGGCGUUGGUACUCAACGGGUUUGGGAUCUGGGACACAGCUGUGAGGGCUGCGAUAAGGGCUGGAGACUGGAAGCUACUGACAGGAAAUGUAGGGGACGGGGACUGGAUACCACCACAGGCUCUUCCUGUUGGUCCAGAACGGUGGCAGAAACUCGAGAAGCGGCGCAAUGAGCUUGGGAAGUCAGUUUGGCUGUAUAACAUCACCUCUGACCCCUACGAGAGGUCAGACCUGGCUGAAGCUCGUCCAGAGGUAGUAAAACAUCUGCUGACCAGGCUGGCGGAGUACAACCAGACAGCUGUGACGGCCAGGAAUCCACCUGAUGACCCUAUGGCUGACCCUGAGCUCCAUGGUGGGGUGUGGGGCCCCUGGCUCGGCUUGGAUGGACAAGAGGAGAAUAGUGUAGAGGUGGAUGGCAGGAAAGAAAGGAUGAUGAAGAUUAAGCACUGCAAACUAUGCAAAUUAAAAGCCCUUUUCAAGAAGGUGGGUUCACGUCUAGAGAGGAACACACUGUUCUACUAGAUAUGUCAUCUGGCACCAUUAACUGGACUGAAAGGUGUCAGUAUGCUUCAAAUAAACUAGGUUGUGUCAUCUGAACACAUCUGAAGGCAAGUCUUAAUACCUGUUAGGAAUGAUCACACUCAAAGGCGGAGCUGAAUACUUUUUUAUCAAAGAGAGGUGAGAUGCAAUGUAUUAUUCAGAUGGGUAUGCAGUUUGAAGACAGUCUCUCCUAAAAUGUAUUCAUAGUGUUGCCCUUUAUUUUACACAUAAAAAGUGACACAAGUAAUUGUGUGAAUUAGUUGUCUGAAGAAUGAAAGAAGAGAGCUAGAGAGAGAAGUUCAAAUUAUUCUUACUUUAUCACCUCCAGACAUCUGGUCAUGCGUGAAGUUGGCAUGUUUGUCGUAUCAUUGGUUUAAAACUUUUUGGGGAUAGGAGGUUCCAGACGCUGUUCAAUGAUCUGAAAAGGACUUUACUUAAAGCAUACUGACACCUGAACCAUGAGGAAGUGGAAGGGAAAGAGAGAUGGAGGCAAAGUAAAAUACAGACCAGCGGAUGACCGAGCAGGUCAGAUAGACAAGAUAGACCCACAAUCAAAUCCUGAAGGUCGGCAGAUAAACAGGCAGCCUGAUAGACAAAGCAGACAGCGCUGUGUGGCCGGCUGAGCGAGCUGACUCAUUCACUGUCCUGCGGCCAAACUGCAGCAGGGUGACUUUGGUCCAUCGUUGGCCUGCAUAGGGAGCAAUGUGUGUGUCAUCACGCAUGUUUGCCUGUGUUCGUGAAUGGUUUGAUUAAUACAGAUAGAGAUAGAGUGCGUGCAUGUGGAAGUGAGGCCUGAAGAGAGGGGAAGAGGAAGAAAGUCACGGAGGGUGACCUCUCCAUGUCUCCUGUCCUAAUCAUCCUAGAGGACUCUUAAAGGAUGACAUAAAGACACCCACGGCGGUUGUGUUUGUCAAAUGUCACCGUGUUCUUUUGUUCUUAAGGGUUAUAUAGAGUCACUUCUGCUCAUACUGUGGCUCACUCCUCUGCCUUUGAAAGACCUCUGACUACCACACAGUGUCCAGUCCCUGCAGCAGUGACUAACCAACAAAAGCUCAGUAGCUGUAGCAGUAGGUCUUUUCUGGACUGAUGGUAUCGAAUGUAAACUUAUCGACUGUGUUGUAAAAUGCUGGGAAUCUAAUUGAAAGGAUCUAAAUAAAAUCAUAAAUGCAAAAACUCA